AACGCAAUGAUAAGUUACCGGCGAACGCAUCGAGAGACCAGUUAAAUAUAUACUGCGGACCGCAGCAGUUGUGUUUAGUUGUGACUUAUAUUUAUUUAUUUGUGUUUUAUAAGGCAGUUCUUUUUUUAGAAAUAUGGCGCGACUUCUUUUCAUAGCGCCAAUUUUGGCGGUGAUCCUAGUUCCCAUAUACUUCGUAUUCCUCCAGGGACCCCCUCCCUUACCCGACAUUGACCUCAACGAGUGGUGGGGACCGGAGAGCUUAAAAGCCAAACAAGACACCAGCAUCAGACCCUUCAAAGUUGCUUUUGAUGACGUUGCCAUCAGAGACUUGAAAGACCGUCUCAAAAGAUCACGGUCUUUCACCCCACCACUAGAGGGCGUGGCCUUCGAGUACGGUUUCAACAGUGGCCAGUUAGACUCCUGGCUGAAGUACUGGGCCAAUGAGUACCAGUUCAAGGAACGGGAGAAGUUCUUCAACCAGUUUCCGCAGUUCAAAACUAACAUUCAAGGCCUUGAUAUACAUUUCAUUAGGGUUACACCUAAGGUGCCAGCAGGAGUCGAAGUGGUUCCUCUCCUUCUUCUCCACGGAUGGCCAGGUUCCGUCAGGGAGUUCUACGAAGCCAUUCCCCUCAUCACUGCGGUCAGCAAGGAUAGAGACUUCGCCAUCGAAGUCAUCGUCCCAAGUCUGCCUGGCUAUGGAUUCUCAGAUGGAGCUGUCCGUCCAGGACUCAGUGCCCCCCACAUUGCCGUCGUGAUGAGGAACCUGAUGCAUCGCCUCGGCUUCAAGCAGUUCUACGUGCAAGGUGGCGACUGGGGCAGUCUGAUCGGCACCUCCUUGGCUACCUUCUUCCCUAAGGAAGUCCUGGGCUACCAUACCAACAUGGGUGCUGUUCUGUCUACUAAGGCCACAUUGAUAGAGAUCAUCGGAUCUUUCUACCCUUCACUCAUUGUGGAACCUCACCUAACCGACCGCAUGUAUCCAAUGGGUCAGAGAUAUGCUACUCUGGUUGAAGAAAUGGGCUACAUGCAUAUCCAAGCCUCCAAGCCUGACACAGUUGGUGUUGCACUCACGGAUUCCCCAGCUGGUCUCCUGGCAUACAUUUUGGAGAAGUUCUCCACUUGGACGAGGAACGAGCACCGCUUGAAGGUCGAUGGAGCCCUAACAUUCCGCUUCACAAAGGAUCAGCUUAUAGAUAACUUGAUGAUGUACUGGGCUCCAAGUUCCAUCACCACCUCGAUGAGGCUGUACGCUGAGAGUUUUAACUCUAAAAUUUUUGGGCUGAAGCUUGACGAGAUUCCAACACCAGUACCAGUUUGGGUGAUCCAAGCGAAGUACGAGUUGGCAUACCAGCCUCCUUGCAUCCUCAAGCUCAAGUUUCCCAACCUUCAAGGAGUAACAGUCCUGGAGGAUGGAGGGCAUUUCCUGGCGUUUGAACUGCCCAAGGAAUUUUCCGAGGAUGUCCUGAAGGCCAUGGCGGUCUUCAGAAAGCUGUCCAAAAAUAAUGUGAAGACUGAUUUGUAAUUUUAAGUUGCGAUUAAAGAAUUGAAGAAAC